GCGCACACAUUCUGUCUAUCGAAAGGAAUAAUACAAAAUAGAAACUAACGGUAAACUAAACGCUUCUCUUUUUAAUUCCUAUAAAAUUGCAAAAACAUCAAAUACUAUGAAACGAAAAUGAAUGUUUGUAAUAUAAUCCUAACUUUAAUGCAACUUGAAAGAUACUUAAUUGUUUCUGAUUGGGACAGAUGUGCAAGUGAAGCUACAGUGUUAAUUGUAUGCAAUAAUAGUGAAAGAUCAUAUACAGUUCACAGUCAGUCAGUCUGAAUGUGGCCAUGGCAGUGACUGGACUAAGAACAGUUGCUUACUUAAUCUUUCUUCUUAUAGUAACGAUAAAUGCUCAAUACACGGAUGAUUCUGAUUAUAAAGACUUGGAAUUUUACGAAGAAAUGCCAAUCGGUUACGCUGGGAAUUUCGAGAAUGAUCACCUGAAUAUCGUUCAAGACGAUUAUUAUAUUUUGAAUGAGUUCGAAGACGCGGUCGCACGAGGACGCAGAUGCGAUGUUUGUCCCGAUAUACGCGAUCUUGAUUUUCCCUUCAAACUCGUCGAUGAUUCUCCAAAGAAGGGAAGUACACCUGACACGCAAUUAGAUUGGUAUAAACCGGAAAGAGUGUAUCGAUAUACGAAACACAGAAUUCCCGGAUACGAUUACGAAGAACUUGAUCAUGUGUUUGCAAAAAAGCCUCAAGAAUGUGACGAUAAAUCUAUUUGGACCCACUGUGUUUGUCGGUUCACAUGUACCGAACCGGAUGUGGUAGAUUGUUAUACACCGUGCAGAAGUGGAUGCGAAUGUAAAGAAGAAUAUGUGUUUGACGAGAAAGCGAAACGAUGUAUGUUGCCGGAAGAAUGUCCAAGAGUAGAGGAUUACAUCGACGUAUAAAUGAUUUAAGUUACGUUAAUCAUAUUAAAAGGUGCACUGCUUUGGCUGCGCUUUCACUAUUGUCAAACACUUUGUACGAAACAACAAAGUAUUAAAUUUACAUUAAUUUUGAAUA